AUGGGCGCCGGCCUUCUUGCAUCGGUGGCGUAUGCCGCGAAGGGCGGGCAGGAGAUCAAGCCGCUCCCAGGCGCGGAAAGCGGCGGUCCAGCGUUUGGCGACACCGCCUCCAAGGAGCGCAUCAGCCGCCCCGCGAUUCUGCUAGAGCACGGCGCCAGUGCACCGGGCAGCGGUUCUGCGAUCAGCGAGGUGGCCACGGAGCGCAGGAGUUGCCAGACGGCGCCAAGUUCGAUGGCCAGUGGCGCAAUGCCCAUCACAGAUGGCUUUGGCAAGUUCGAGCACGCAGAUGGCGACGUGUACGAGGGCCAGUGGAAAGUGGACGCGGCGAGCGGCGAGGGCGCCCCCCGCCGCGCAGACGCCCCCCGGCACGGCGGGCAGCGAAAGGACGUUCAGAAGGAGGGCCAGGGCCAGCACCGCGCCGGCAAGCAGCACGGCGAGGGCAAGUGCACCUCGCCCGAGGGCCCAUCGUACGUGGACGAGUUUCAGAACCGCGAAAUCCACGGCAAGGGCCUGCGCGCGUGGAGCGACGGCAGGGUCUUCAACGGCCAGCGGAUGAAGAACAGGAUGUCCGGCGAGGGCGCGUUCGCUUGGAAGGGCGGCAGGAGCCACUGCGGAGCUCAUUUCAACGACGAGAAGGACGGCCAGGGCACCCUUCGCGUG